AAGCUCGUAAUUUAAUGGCUCAAGCCCUGGUUGGAUGCCUAAUAAGUGAUCGAUCCACGAAGACGAAGAAGCUGAAGAAGCCGCGUACAACCAUAGAACAUACUCGAGAGAGACAGAGAGAGAUUUGCUUUUGUUGUUUUUAUAGUAGAGAAAACUUAUUGUAAGAGGCAACCCCCUCCUCUUCUCCGUUCUUCUAUAUUCCCCCCUCUUUUUACCUAUUCUUUCCGGCUUCAAUAAAUCGGGGGUUCCUCUUACUGUCUUUAAUAUAUAUUUACUUGCUUGUACAGUUUUUUAAUUCAUAAAGAUUUCUGGAGUGAAAGAGGGCAAGCGGGGGGAUUUUUUUUUAUUCUUGUUCUUGGGGAGACAAAGGAAUAAAGGGAGAAGAUGUCAAAGAAGAAAGCUUUCAGUGGCAGUACGAUGACUUUGAAAGAUUUUCAUGGCGGUUCUAUACCAUCUGAUCUUCCUCUCCCUUCUUCCCCUGGCGUGAUUGAUAGGCCUACCGAUCGUUCGGGUUUUGAUAGAGCUACGUCGUGGGGAAACCCGGUUGGGCGGCCUGAUCAUCGUGCCUGGCGGAAUUCGUCACCUGCGACUAGGCAUUUUGAUGAUAAAACUCCAUUUCUUACCAGCUCAGUUCAUAUUGGUCGUUAUUUUGAUGAGGAUGAAAGGAAGCCGUUGGUUGGGGGUUCUGCCCCGCGUAGAAUUGUUACCGAUGAGAGUUUAGGGGUUCCAGCUAGCCGUCUAGAGCAGAAGCCUGAGUCUGGUCAUGCUGGGAGGUUUUCAGGGCGACAUGGCUCAGCUCCGGUAGCUCCAUUGUCGAGUGGCUCGGGGAAUCUCUACUCUAGUAAAAUGUCUGAGGCUGCUGCUUUUGGCAUGAGUUCUCUCAAUUCUGGGGGGAAUCAUAGGCCGGCUACUUCUGGGCCGUAUCCUAAUGCAUGGGCAGCUAGGAAGGAGGUGGCAGUGAGUGUUGCUAGUGCUGAACAAAGUGCUGUCUUGAAGUUGGCUCAUGCUAGUGCUAUUGACAAAGUGUCCUCAGGUAGAUGGCAGUCAAAGCAAUCUGUUCUAUAUCAGAAAGAUGUUGAUGUUAGUAAACACUCGGAAACAGAAAAUGUCUUGCAUCCCCAGGCUUAUGAUGAUAAGAUAUACAGCAGAAUGAAUGCUGUGACCGGGAGGGAGUAUUCUGAUGUGACGUUGGCAAGGCAAGUUGAAAAAGGAAUGAACAUUGAAGAUGGAAUUCAGGGUGGUAGAAAGGCAUUACCAGACUAUGAGAGGAACCACACUCCUAACUAUUUGGAAGUUAAAGAAAAUAAAUAUUUAAUUUAUGGUGAAAGAACUCAAUCAACUCGUGCAAAUGUCAAAUUUGGCAGUUCUAAGUCACAGCCAUCGUUGACAGUGCUGUCUGAAGCAUCCGAGCGGCCCAAGUUGAAGUUACUUCCUUGCACCAAGCCAUUGGAUAAUCUAGAAUCACCUUUUGUUGAUGCCAAUCAGGGGCAGCAGUGGCCAAGUGAAUCUGUUAUUGAUCAUACUGGAAUUGGUAAUAAUUCAUAUGGAUAUGUGAAUACUUCAAAACCUGGUUCAGCUGGCAGUGAGAAUGGGAACCAGACAGUGGACCGUCCUAAACUGAAUUUAAAGCCUCGUUCACAGCCCAAUGAACAACUGGAGGGUAACUUUGAGAAGGAAAGAAAUGCGUUAUUUGGUGGUGCUCGCCCACGAGAACUGGUCCUGAAGGAGAGAGGGAUUGAUGACAGCAGCCAUGAGCCAGGCCAACAUCCUGAUAGGGUCAAACAUAAUGUUCCAAGAAGUGAAAAAGUUGCUGAGCAACCUGCUGCUCGCCAUGGUGAAAGAGUUGGGAAUCCUCCUGUUCAGAAAACUGGAAGAAAAUCCGAGAGGAACCAUGUUCACAAUGAAAGAGUUGAUAUGCAAAGGAGGAACUGGCGUAAUGAAAAUCGGCAGAAUGAAAGGGAGACCGAAAGACAGCAGCAGCCACGGCGGCUGCAGCAGCAGGAGAGGCAACCGUCACCUGAAACCUGGCGUAAGCCUGCCGACCAGCCUAAGCCUGUCUCUCCCGUGUCUGCUGGUGCCGUGGCUGCUGGUGUGCGCUAUGGAAAAGCAGCAUCAGCAUUGGAUCUUGCUCAAGCCUUUUCCAAGCCAUUCUCAGAUCAGAAAACAGAUGAUCAACAUGCCGGGCAAAGGGUUCUUCCUGGCCAUGCCCAAAUGCCCUUUUCUCGGCUGAUGGGUCCAACUCCAAGGCCUCGAAUAAACGGUUACUAAAUUUUAAGAGAACCGGAGCCUGUUGUUUUACCUGUGAUUGCCUAAAUGAUUUCAGGAUGUCAGUGAUUGUAUUUGUGCUGUAUGACCUCAUGAUUUCAUGCUGAAGAUCUGUUUUUGUUUUUUCAAUUUAAAACAAAUUUUAGAACAAUUGGUACAUCAAAUCAAUUGCAAUGUCGUCCUUCCUUUUU